GUUCAGAUCAAGCUCGUGCAUUCCACUUGCGGAUCAGAUCUAACAGCAGCAUCAAGGGCAAUAAAGCGGCCCGCACACAGUGUUUCGCGAUAUAAAGGGAGCGCCCCACGCUAACAUACCCUACUUCAUCUGCAAAUUCUAUUUUCCGAUUUGACACCAAAAUCACUUUCUUCAAGCAGGGUUUAAUCUUUCGCUGUGCCAGAACACUCUUGAGAUUCAAGGCCUCGCAUUCCAGAUUUUUUUGGAGGUAAAGACUAACCUCUCUGAACAUGGGUGAUAGUGAACCACUUACUGAAAAAUCUGCUGCUGUAAGCUUUAAUUCCGGCAGCUAUACUUCAAGUGGCCAAGCUGAUGCCAUCCCAAAUGCUAUUCCCGAGGCAGUUCCUCCUGUUGUCGAGUCUAGUUUAGAAGCUCAACAGGCUAAUGCAACAUUUGAAUCAAAUUGUUCGAAUUUUGGAGAUGGGAAUGCUUAUAGCGGGGAUCCUAAUUCUGUUCUACAACAGGCCCAGUUCAACACAACUGAUGGAACUAUGCAAACUGACGCUAAUCAGACUGCCAGUGGGAGCACAACCACAGAAUAUCCUCAAGUGCCUGACUAUAAUUCAUCUGUAAAUGGGGCAAUGACAAAUGCCACAGGACUUGAGAAUGGGAAUGUGUUGGAGAAUAUUGAUGGUUCAGCUGAGGAGAAACAGCUUGCAGAUGGUUAUGCUGCAAUGUCUGCUGAGGAAGAUAGGCUGUGGAAUAUUGUAAGAGCUAAUUCUUUGGAUUUUAAUGCUUGGACUUCCCUGAUCGAGGAAACAGAGAAAGCGGCAGAGAACAACAUUCUGAAGAUCCGAAAAGUUUAUGAUGCUUUUCUAGCUGAAUUUCCUUUGUGCUACGGGUACUGGAAGAAGUAUGCUGAUCAUGAGGCCCGUCUUGGUUCUAUUGAUAAAGUUGUUGAAGUUUAUGAGCGAGCGGUUCAAGGAGUUACAUAUUCAGUGGAUAUGUGGUUGCAUUAUUGCAUAUUUGCUAUAACCACAUAUGGGGAUCCAGACACAGUUCGUAGGCUCUGGUGUUUCUCAGUCUACUUUUUUGAUGGCAACGGUGUUACCCCUUUUUUGGCAGAAAAGCUAUAAGAACCUGGUUUCAGAACUUUGCAACAGUGUUACCCCUUUUUUGGCAGAAAAGCUAUGAUGGGAAUCCAUAUUAAAAUUGUUUUUAUUCCUGUUUUUUGAAUCCUUGAUUUUGAGGCUACAAAGGGGCUGCUGCUGUGUUAAGUUUAGUGCAAUCUACUUCUUUUACCCCUCAUUCUACAUUACCAAUCAAUUUCAAGGGCCUAGAUAUUUAGUUUUCUUUGAAUGGUUGCUGUCUUUAACUUUGACACUCUGAGGUGCAUCAAUAUGCAAAUUGCUGCUGGGAAGAUCUGAUCUGGUUAAUGGCUAAGAUGGCCUCUAUGACUGCUUCGUGUCUCGGACAUAUAAUGAUAUUAUGCAGGAAGGCUUUUUGAACGUGGAUUGGCUUAUGUUGGAACAGAUUAUCUUUCUUUUCCAUUAUGGGAUAAAUACAUUGAA